UCUCCCCCCCCCUCCGCCGCUGUCUGGCCCAGGCUCAGCCCAGAUGACAUGACACGCUGUGGAUGUGGGUACGUGUGGAGCUGAAGGAGGAGACCUCCCUGCUGGAGUAGAAGUUUGGAACGCAUUGAGAAGAGGCUGAGAGAGGAAGCUUCUGCAGGUUAAAGAGGAGCGAGCGGACAAAAGAGACGUACAAACUCCAAAACCAAAGGGAUUUUGCGGCAGACAUGGAAAGGCCCGCCGCGACCGUGUCCGUGGCUCUGCUGGCCCUUUGCUUCCUGCUGGUUCCCAGAGGAGAGGGCGCCGGGGGAAUGUUGUCUCGCGUGCGGGAGAAGCAGUCAGAGGAUCAGCAGCUACACUUGUCCUGGGAUGACCCAGAGAGCGAGCAAGAGCUUGCAGUGGACCCGCAAUCAUCGAGAAGCACCAUCAAGGCUGAGAGGGAGGCGGAAGGGACCUCACAGGCGGGUAAGCCAGGGGAAGACAGACAAAACAAUAAAACUGGCAUUGUGAGAAUCGUAAAAAGAGCAGCGGAGGAAGGCAAAAAGAAGAAGAAGGACAAAAAGAAGAACAAAGAACCAAAGGAUCCAAACGCCACCAAAAAGCCUAAAACAGAUAGGAAAGGAAAGAAGAAAGACAGGCAGACAACAACUCUCCCACCCACCACAACAACAGUCCCAACAGAACCCCCCACUGAGCCCCCAGCUGAGCCCGACUACUACCCCGAUUCUGACAACGACUACUGGAAAUCAGACGACGACUACUGGGGGGUUGACACCACUCCAUCUCCAAGCACUGAGACCCCGUUUCCGUACUGGAGACCAGACGAAGGAGACCCGUCUGACCCCGUCACCGACGUCUACGAUGACUACUGGAAAUCUCUCGAGGAAGAGCCUUCGACUUCACCACCCAACAUCUACGAUGACUACUGGAAAUCUCUAGAGGAAGAGCCUUCGACUUCACCUCCCGACAUCUACGAUGCUUUCUGGGACGUCGAUGAGCAGGAACCGUACGCGUCUGUGACCGAUAACUAUGACACCUCCUUCCAGGAGGUGUACCCAACCCCCGGGGCUCCUGAUGUGGACGGGAAGACUGGGACAGACAGCGACGGCGAUUACUGGGAUGUAACAGUCGACCUUCCGGAUAAUCUACCAUUCCCUGACGGCGAAGAGGUCAGCCCUGAGAUCAUAGUGGAAGCUCUCCCAGAAGAGCCCACAACCGCUGCUCCCUUCGAGAGGAAUUGGUAUGACGAUUAUGAUGAAUACGGGAUGAGGAGGAAAGACUACGACACGGACGAUAAGUGGGUAGAGAGAGAAAGAGAACGAGCCAACAAAGAGAGGGAGAGGGAGGAGAGAGAACGAGCACAGAAACUGAAGGAGGCGGAGGAGCGGGCCAGGAACAGACCCCGCGUCUAUAAGGAGCCAAAGAAAUGUCCUCCUCUGGGGAUGGAGUCCCAUAAGAUCGAGUCAGACCAGCUCACAGCCUCUUCCAUGUCUCAGUACCGGUUCUCUCCUCCGAGGGCGCGCCUCAACAUGCAGGGCUCAGACGACGAGGACAGCAUGAGAGGCGGAGCGUGGUGCGCCAACUCAGAGGACAAGAUCCACUGGUUUGAGAUCGAUGCUCGCAGGGAGACCGAGUUCACCGGAGUUAUAACUCAAGGGCGAGACUCUCUGAACGAGAGCGACUACGUGACAUCCUAUUUCCUGGCUUUCAGCAACGACAGCAGAGAGUGGACCACCAUUCAUGAUGGAUACGCUGACUGGCUGUUCUUUGGAAACAGCGACAAAGACACGCCUGUGAUGAACCGGCUGGCCGAGCCGGUGCUGGCUCGCUACAUCCGAAUCAUCCCCCAGAGCUGGAACGGCUCCCUGUGCAUGAGGCUGGAGGUCCUCGGCUGCCCUCUGCCCGAUCCAGGCUAUGCCCUGCACAGACAGAAUGAGGUGACCCCCGUGGAUUACCUGGAGUUCAAAUACCACAGUUACUCAGAGAUGGUGGAACUCAUGAAGUCUGUGCAUGAGGAGUGCCCCAACGUCACCAAUGUUUACAGCCUGGGCCGCAGCUCUAAAGGACGGGAAAUCAUGGCCAUGGUCAUCUCCAGCGACCCCAUGGAGCAUGAAAUAGGUGAACCGGAGUUUCGCUUCACGGCCGGCCUGCAUGGCAAUGAGGCGGUGGGCAGAGAGCUGAUCCUGCUGCUCAUGCAGUACCUGUGCAAAGAAUACAAAGACAGGAACCCCAGAGCCCAGCGCCUGGUGGAGGGAAUGCGCAUCCACCUGGUGCCUUCACUCAACCCUGACGGGCACGAGAGAGCGUUUGAGGCGGGCUCAGAGCUGAGCAGCUGGACCACGGGACACUUUACAGAGGACGGCUUCGACAUCUUCCAGAACUUCCCUGACCUGAACAGCAUCCUGUGGGAUGCUGAGGAUAAGGGCAUGGUGCCAAAACUCACCCCCAACCAUCAUGUGCCCAUUCCAGACAGCUUUGAGUCUAAUACAUCGAUUGCCAUGGAAACCAGAGCUAUAAUCUCCUGGAUGAAAAGCUAUCCAUUUGUGUUGGGCGCAAACUUCCAAGGCGGAGAGACAAUCGUGGCCUAUCCUUAUGACGGUCUGCGUUUGAACAAGCCUGCCGAGAGCCAGCGGGCCCACAGCCGCAAGAAGAGACAGUAUGAGGAUGAAGGUUUUGAUGUGACCGAGUGGGGAAGGGGCUACCAGGAGGAGCCAGAGGAGGACUGGAGAAGUCGGGGAUAUGAACAGCCGGAGGAAGAAUGGCGGGGUCACGGAUACGACCCCGGCUACGACCGCGGCUACGACCACGACCACGGCUACGACCACGGCCACGGCUACGACCACGGCCACAGCCAGGGCUAUGGCCACAGGGAGGAAGAGGAAGACGACGGAGGGCGGGGGGCUGGGUAUCAGUACGCUGAGCCUGAAGACGAGCCCCGAGAGACUCCAGACGAGUCCCUUUUCAGGUGGCUGGCUGUGUCCUACGCCUCCACACACCUGACCAUGACCCACAACUACCACGGAUCCUGCCACGGAGACACGCCCUCAGGGGGGCACGGCAUGGUCAACCGGGCAAAGUGGAAGCCAGUCACCGGGAGUAUGAAUGACUUCAGCUACCUUCACACCAACUGCUACGAGCUAUCCAUCUUCCUGGGCUGUGAUAAGUUCCCCCAUCAGAGUGAGUUGGCUCAGGAGUGGGAGAAAAACAGAGAAGCAAUGCUCACCUUCAUGGAGCAGGUGCAUCGUGGCAUCAGAGGCAUCGUGAAAGACCAGCAGGGAAACGCUAUCGCAAACGCCACAAUAUCAGUAGAGGGGAUAAACCAUGAUGUCACCACAGCCCCAACAGGCGACUACUGGCGGCUGCUGAACCCGGGGGAGUACCGGGUGACGGCCAAGGCUGAAGGCUUCUCCUCCGAGACCAAACUCUGCGUGGUGGGUUACGAGCCCGGAGCGACCACCUGCAGCUUUAACCUGGCCAAGUCCAACUGGGAUCGCAUCAAACAGAUCAUGGCUCUCCACGGCAACAAGCCAAUCCGACUCAGCUACAGCAACUCCAGAGCGUACAACCCUUCAGGCGACGGCAACCACAGACCUGCCACCGGUGGCAACAACGGCUUCGCUUCAAACAACGCUUUAAGUCCUGAGCGCAGGAGGCUGCUCAGGAUCGCCCGCAUCCGCCGUCUUCGGAGGCAGAGGUUACUGAGGAUGAGGUCGACGACGGUGCCAACGACGACCACCACCACGACAACAGCAGCAGCGCCGGCGGCCCCGACGACAUCGUGGUACGACUCGUGGGCCGUAGGGGAGGCGGAGUCCAUCACGCCUGGCCUGGAUUAUAACUACGAGUACAAGAUCGACGACUAUUAGCCCAAAACCACACGGCUUGUUUGAGUAAACAGCCGCGGGUUUGUAAUUGUAGCCCUUGUGAUCAAGUCCAGUCUCUUUCAUUACAGAAGCAGUGAGAAUGUACAUGUAACUAUGCCGAUAAAGAGUCUCUGUUACGCCAGAAAACUAAAACAUGUUUAUAGAAAGAUGCGUCCAGUUCUACGUCCACGUUGUUUGUUGCUGUUUCCGAGUGUACGCUUGAUGAAAAGAUGUUUAUUGUUGACACACAUUAAAAACAAAAAAACAGGUGAAUUA